UUUGUGUUAUCUCUGAGGGACGUCAGAAGUAAGUUUCGUGUGAAACUUACAAAUUGCCCCCGCACAUAAAUUCUAUUAAUGGUCCGGUAUGACUUCAGUAUAAGUUGACUUACCCUGACUGGCACGGUCACCGUAGUGAAUACACUACAUGAAAUCUGUCAGAAAUAAGGAAGGAAAUUGCAGCUUACUACAUGUAUGGGCAAAAACCGCCGUGCAAGCCUUACCGAUGACUUCCAUGAUUACUGACCUUUGAAAUAUCGACAGAAUCUGAUCACGUCACCUGGUUAACAUUUGGUAGACCUGUCGAGCACAGUUCCGGAAUUGUCCUCAGAACUCAAAGUGCACAAUAAAUUAAUCCCUAACGCAAAAAUUUGGGUGCUAUCACACGCAAUAUGGCGUGCGCAGCCUGCCAAGUAAAUUGACACAUCUGCUUCAAUUGCAGUCCAGAGAUACCAAAGAGAUAUUUACGAUAUUUACAGUGGAGGCGGAUUUCAUUCCGGGCGGGUACGAGAUCCUGACAUUUUAACAAGAGCUGUAGUCCAGACGCGGUCCCGGCUGUCGUUUCUAAGUUGUGAUGUUCUGCACCUGUUUGGUACAUUACCACUUUCAAUAUCAGUGGCAAUAGGAAGGUGGGCGUUCUUACGGUAGGAAGUCGUUUUUACUACAAAUAUUCAUGUCGACUUCAAAAAUCCACACUGCAGUCAUCACAGAUGGUGAUAAUCCACCAUUUCACUACCUCGUGCAUGAAAAUUGCGAUGCAACUGUGACAGUCUACCUGUAUGGGAAAGAUAGUGAGAAAGCUGCAUACAAGACCAAGGUUCCAGAGGAAUGUCUGCAGUCCAUUGCAAAAUCAUAUAAAACCAAGGAAGGGGCUACUGAAGGACAUGAACAAGCAUCCAAAUGGGUGAAAGGAAUUCUUUAUCAGAAGCAAGCAGAUGUAAUUUGUAGCAUAAGGACAGAAAAUGGUACUGCUAAAUUGACAUGGAAAAAGAGAUUGGAAAAUGGGAUCAAGCUUACUCUGGGAGAGAUGGUCUUGGAGGAGUACUUCCCUGCUCCAUCAGACAUGCUGUGUUUAUGUGGAGAUGCUUUGCAAGAAUAUGAAUCAAAGAGCGAGGCAUUGAACAGCAGUUGCAAAAAGCUGGAAACAGAGAACGCCCAGCUGAGGGACGUCGCCCGCCAGGCGGUGGAGGCCAGAGAGCAGCUGGAGCGCCACCUCGUCGGCAAGUUCGCCCAGCUACUCAACGAGAAGAAGGCCAAGAUCCGCGCCCUGCACGAGCUGCUGGAGGAGCGGCAGGCUGAUGACGUGGACCGCGCGCCUGCUGACAUGGACGCCAGCCCUGCGCGGCCGGCGCCGUCCGGCACGCGGCGCACGGCGCUGCCCGACGCGGAGAUGAGCGCCGACGAGGACGAGCCGGCCAGCGGAACCGAUGAGGACGACGCUUACGACCGCGAGACGGAUGUGGACGAGGCGGGCGACGGUGGCGCCACCACGCCGCCGCCGGCAGAGGCCGCGGCGGGAGUGGACGUGACGGCCCAGAAACGAGCCAUCCCCGAGUCGCCUUCACCGAUCCCGGACAAGCGCCGCCCGUGCCCCGGCUCCGACGACCUGCUCGACAUGGUGUAGCGGCGCCAGGCAGACGGGUGAUGUCAAGCAUGGUGAAGUAUGACGCCAGUGAGGAGGUCUGUGACGUCACGAGAAAGAGCAUGUGACGGCGGUGAAGUUCGGGCUGAUGGCGACCCGGAUGUGAAGGUGUGACGUCUCUGGAAGUCGGUGACGCACCAAUUUGAAAGCCUGUGGCAAGGUUUUGAGUUGGCGCAUUUCUUUGACGGCACCGCGUCACUGAGACGUCACAGCGGGCCGCAUGGAGCAUCACCGCGACUGUCGUGUUACAGAGACUUCAACUUCCCUGACAUCGAGGAAUUUGAGGUUACCUGAGCGUAUUUCUCAGUCUGUUGUCGGCGUGGCCUUAGCUUGCUUGGGCUUGAUGGGCUGGUGAUAAGGGGACCGCCGCCGGUGAAAGACGGAUCUUGGGGCGAGCUGUUGGGCCAUGCGCUGUGGUCUCCACUUCCCAAAAUUUAUCCAGGUGCUGCUUCCACUGUUAUGACGAGUGCCUGUAUGCGCUGUACAUUCAUGACCAGCUGUGAUCUUUCUGUGUAGUCACGUUAUGCUUCUGGUUGUCGUCUCGCGUGGUGUGCAUAUAUGACCGCUAUUUAUGUUGUGUAUAGGUCGAUUCCUUCGGAAAUUCUGUUUUGCCAUUUAGGCAUUGUUAGGGCACAAUUUGGCCUAAUUGACUCUGAAUGUGACCGACGUCAGGUCUCGAUCAUCAUGCAUAAUGUGAAUACCAUCAGGGUGACGUGGCGUGAUUGUGAUGUGCAUGUAACACCGCGCUUGCUCCAAUAAUUGUAAGUUCAUCUU